GACAGAGUGACAUGUACACUCCUCCUCUUCCUUCCAUCUUACUAAACCAUAUUAAUUUAAAAAAAAAUGUUGGCUAUAUUUCACAAAGCUUUUGCUCACCCGCCAGAAGAGCUGAAGAGCCCAGCUUCUGAGUAUAGAACCCAGAAACCCAAACUCCCUGAGACCACUCUCCAAGACUUCCUCUCCGCUCACCCUUCCGACGCUUGCUGUGUCAGCUUUGAAGAUGCCGCCGUUCUUGCUUAUGUUCAUGUGCCACCCCACGCCUCUUCUUUCUUCCACCAAACCCCAAGGAUGUUUUGUGGGUACGAUGACAUAUACUGCCUGUUUUUGGGGAGCCUGAACAACCUGUGUUCCCAAAUAAAGCAGUACGGGCUGUCGAAAACCAGCAACGAGGCCAUGCUAGUUAUUGAGGCCUACAGGACACUUCGCGACCGUGGUCCAUAUCCGGCUGAUCAAGUUGUGAAGGAUCUUGAAGGAAGUUUUGCGUUUGUCAUUUAUGACAGCAAGACAGGAACCGUGUUUGUCGCCCUGGGUUGUGACGGCGGGGUGAAGCUGUAUUGGGGAAUUGGCGCAGAUGGAUCGGUGGUGAUUUGUGAUGAUAUAGAGGUCAUCAAAGCAGGCUGCGCCAAGUCAUUUGCAGCCUUCCCUGCAGGGUGCAUGUUCCACAGUGAAAAAGGGCUAAUGAGCUUCGAGCAUCCAAUGAAGAAGAUGAGAGCUAUGCCGAGGGUUGAUAGUGAAGGUGUAAUAUGCGGCGCUAACUUCAAAGUGGAUCUGUAUUCAAGGGUUAACAGCAUCCCUCGAGUUGGAAGUGAAGCUAACUGGGCUGAUCAAUGGACCCAAACCACCUAGCUACCUAAUAUAUGAAUGUAGUCGUCCAUCUGUAAAUAUAAUGUUUCCAUACAAUAUAAUAAUGCAAGCUAA